AAGAGUUUUGCAAACAAGAAAACAGAACAGCACAAGAUGUCCGAAUCCACCGAAGUUCUAGUCCUCAGAGGCACCUUGCAAGGCCACAACGGCUGGGUCACCUCGCUCUCCACAUGUCCUGCCAACCCAGACCUCUUGUUGUCUGCGUCCAGAGACAAGACGUUGAUUGUCUGGCAAUUGACCAGAGACGAGAACCAGUACGGUGUCGCCAAGAAGGCGUUGAGAGGCCACUCGCACAUUGUGCAGGACUGCCAGUUGACGCCAGACGGAAGAUACGCUCUCUCGGGUUCUUGGGACAAGACCUUGAGACUCUGGAAGGUGUCAGACGGUGAGUGUGUCACGAGAUUCGACGGCCACAACGGCGACGUCAUGUCCGUUUCCAUCUCCCGUACCGUGAGACAGUUUGUUUCUGCUUCCAGAGACAAGACCGUCAAGGUCUGGAACGCUCUUGGUAACUGUGUCCAAACCUUGCAGUCCCACCAGGACUGGGUUUCCUCUGUCGAGUGCUCUCCAUCCAAGGACACCAUUGUCUACUCCGCCGGCUGGGACAAGGCCGUCAAGACCUGGGACAUGAACGACUCCAGCUUGUUGUCCGACUUCGUCGGCCACAACGGUUACAUCUCCUGCAUCACCAUCUCCCCAGACGGAUCCCUUUGCGCUUCCGGUGGUAAGGACGGCUCCAUCAUCUUGUGGGACUUGGUCUCCAACGACGUCCUUUACACCUUGUCUGCCGGCGACGAAAUCAACGCCUUGGCGUUCUCUCCAAACAGAUUCUGGUUAGCAGCAGCAACUUCCACCUCCAUCAAGAUCUUCCACUUGCAAGAAAGAACCUUGACUGACGAAUUAAAGCCAGAGGUUGCUGAAGGUAAGACUCCAGAAUGUGUCUCUUUGACCUGGUCCAGUGACGGUCAAAACUUGUUCUCCGGUUACACCGACGACUUGAUCAGAGUCUGGCAAGUCAUGACUUCUUCCGCUUAAACGCUUAGGCCCUAGAAGUCUCUCCACCCCCACCCCGGUUAUCUUUUCCUUCACUUGUAAGAGAAGAUAACCAACCUAUAAAAACACCCCCACUUUUUUUAUAAAUUUUUUUCUUUUUUUUUCUUUUUUUUUAUAACUUAAUAUCAUUCGGU